CUCGGGAUCCUCUCUUGUGUUGGUGUCAAAUUGCUCUUCCUCCGUCGCUCUCGCCGGACCAAUGAGAAGCGACCACGAUUUAAGCUUCGCAGGCGUACUCAGAUGAUCGUGUAACGUCUGCUAGGAUGGCUGGGUUUCACUUAAAUUGGGUGUUAUUCUUAAAUUUAACAAUAUGCGUCGUGUUGUCGAUAGCCGGAAGAGAUUUUUACAACAUAUUAGGAUUAUCACAUAGCGCUAGUACACAUGCAAUUAAGAAGGCUUACAGACGAUUAGCGAAGGAACUGCAUCCCGAUAAGAAUAAAGGCGAUCCAGAUGCCUCUCAAAAGUUUCAAGACUUGGGAGCGGCGUACGAAGUGCUGUCGGAUCCUGAGAAAAGAGAGAUGUACGACAGAUGUGGAGAGGAGUGCUUAAAGAAGGACGGCAUGAUGAACAAUAACAUGGAUCCCUUCGCAAGUUUCUUCGGCGACAUUAAUUUUCAUUUUGGCGGUGAAUCUCAUCAACAACAUCAAACUCCUAGAGGUUCAAACAUUGUGAUGGACCUGUUUGUUACCUUAGAAGAGUUAUAUAGUGGAAAUUUUAUUGAGAUUACGAGAAAUAAGCCAGUCAUAAAGACAGUGAAAGGAACAAGAAAGUGUAAUUGUAGGCAGGAAUUAGUUACUCGCAAUUUAGGAAACGGUAGAUUCCAAAUGAUGCAACAGUCAGUGUGUUCGGAGUGUCCAAAUGUGAAGUUGGUUAAUGAGGAACGUAUAUUAGAGGUAGAAGUGGAGCCUGGAAUGGUAGAUAAUCAAGAAACUAAAUUUACUGCAGAAGGGGAACCACAUAUUGAUGGAGAACCAGGAGAUCUCAUAAUAAAGAUACAAACUUUACCUCAUCCUAUUUUCGAAAGAAAAGGAGAUGAUUUAUAUACAAAUGUUACGAUAUCAUUACAAGAUGCCCUAUUAGGCUUCACGAUAGACAUAAAACAUUUAGAUAAUCACAUAGUGACUAUUCAAAGGGACAAAAUUACUAAGCAUGGUGCCCGUAUUCGGAAAAAAGGCGAGGGAAUGCCUAAUUACGAUAAUAACAAUCUCCAUGGCGCUUUAUACAUUACUUUUGAUAUUGCAUUCCCCGAAAAUGAAUUUACAGACGAACAAAAAGAAGAUAUAAAAAAAUUACUGCAACAAAGUUCUGUGAAUCGAGUAUACAAUGGUAUACGUGGCAAUUAAUUAUUUAAAUGCAGUAUAUGUACAAAGUGAAUGCAAAGUGAGUGCUUUGAACGUAUGUCUUGAUAUUGUAUGUUUGUAUCAUGAACGACAUUCUUGCUUCCUUGCUAAAGAAUAUUAAGAGAGUUGGUAAUCCAGAGAUCGCACUGGAUAUAUAAAUUGAUCAUUGUACAUCUAUAAUUUUCUAUACAAAUUCAUCAGUUAGCAAAUAUGUUUUAUUUAGAUGCAAAAGACUGGUUAAACUAGUUCUUGUUGCCAAUUAUUUAAAUUAAUAUCUGGUUCUUGUUGCCAAUUAUUGGUUGAAAUCAACAAUCAUUAAGCAAUUUAUUUAGUAAUUUAAGUUAAUUAUUGACUAAAUCACAUGAAUAAUGUAGGAGAGAUUGAUAUGUGUGUGGAUAGAUUUUGCAUUUGAUAUCAUAAGAUUUAAAAAAGACCACAUAUAAAUUAUUAAAUUAUUAAUGAUC